AUUUUUUUAAUUUUUUUUUUUUUAAUACAAAGAAAUGACAGCAGUGACAACAGCAACUUACCUUGACACACCUAAAUUAAAGGUUACCAAAGACUCCAAAUCCUAUGUUCACUUCAUUGCUGGAGGUGUUGGAGGUCUUGCAGGUGCUUUGUGUACAUCUCCUUUGGAUGUGGUAAAAACUAGAUUACAGGUAAUAUAAAAUAUGUUAUUAUAUGUAUAAAUAUCUAACCUCUUUUGUUCUUUCUACAGUCUACAUUUUAUCAACAAACAAUGAGACAAUCAAACACUCAUGCAAAUGGGUUUAUCUUUGGUCAUUUCCUAGAGACCGGAAGAUUAUUAGUACGUAUCAAGAAGGUAGAAGGAUUCAGUGGAUAUUUUAAAGGAUUAGGACCAAAUCUUGUGGGAGUUAUUCCAGCUAGAUCAAUCAACUUUUUUACAUAUGGCAAUGGCAAGAGAAUUUACACUGAAUUGAACCAUGGUAAAGAAACUGCGGGGGUCCAUUUGAUUUCAGCAGCUACAGCAGGUGCCAUCACAUCUACAGCAACCAACCCCAUUUGGGUGAUCAAGACAAGAUUGCAACUACAAGGCAAUGGAGUGAAUCGAUAUGGUAGCAGUAUUGAUUGUCUUUUUGGUAUUCUCCGUGAGGAAGGAGUAAGAGGAUUGUAUAAAGGCAUGAGUGCAUCCUAUCUAGGUGUGGUGGAAGGUACAAUCCAAUGGGGUAUUUAUGAGAAUCUGAAAAAGAGAUGGAGUGUUCCCAAGGAUCAAAUCCAAUCAAAUCAAAGAUUGAUUGGAGGUAAGACAGUUCAGGAUUGGGCAGGUCAUUUAGGUGCAGCAGCAACAUCCAAAUUUAUUGCAGCAUGUAUAGCGUAUCCACAUGAAGUGAUUCGUACACGACUUAGACAGCCAUCUGAAAAUGGUGUUCGUAAAUAUACUGGUAUUUGGCAAUGCUUACGUCUGGUUGCUAGGGAAGAGGGCGCAGCUGCAUUAUACGGUGGCAUGACUGCUCAUUUACUAAGAGUCGUACCCAAUGCUGCCAUCAUGUUUUUCUGUUAUGAAGCCAUUGUUCAAAAGUACGGUGACUCAUAAUUCUAUUUCUUUUCCUUCUUUCCCUACCAUUUGUAUAUUUUCUUUUUUUUUUUCUCGCAUAUUAUUUUAGAUGUAUAUCCCCUUAAUCAUUAGCCUUGUUUUAUUUGUCGCUGACUUGAAAUAAACAAAUAAAUGAAAAUUUCUUUUUUUUUUCUC